AUGGCUUUCGACUUCAGCACUCUGGAACCACAAAUCCGUCAAAUACUCUCAGCUCCUGGGACAGAUUUGGCAACUAUCAGCGCAAAGCGCGUUAGACGCCAGUUACUCGACCUUAAUCCUUCUUUGACGGCAGAAUUUCUGAAGGAGAACAAGGAUAAUGUAGAUGCUAUUAUAUCGGGCGUAUUCGAGCAGGUGAGCCCAGUUGACGACACUGAGGACGCGCGAGAACAUCCCGUCGAGGUCGAGGAGAAGUCUGCUUCGCGGAAGCGAAGGCAGCAAAAGGUGGAUGAGCAGUCAGACGGAGGUGAUGAAGAUGAGGAGUCACCACCACCUCCGAAGAAGGCGAAAAAGGCGAAAAAGGAUAUUAGCGACGCCGAAUUGGCGCGGAAACUCUCCAGCGAAAUUAACAGUCGGUCAACAAGAACGGGAGGGAAGAGCCGCGGUAGCUCCAACUCUGGGGCGAAGAAAGGGGGUCGAAAGAAGAAAAGUGCGGCAACUGUAAAUUCUGACGACGACAGUGACGACAACGUCACCGAAAAGAAACCUAAGAAACCAUCCGGAGGUGCGAAAGGCGGCUUUGCAAAAGAGUUUCUCCUCAGCGAACCACUAGCUGCCGUGCUGCAAGUCAACAAACUCUCGCGACCGCAGGUCGUAAAGCAACUCUGGGUCUAUAUUAAAGGAAACGAAUUGCAAAACCCAGAAAACAAGCGCGAGAUUAUGUGCGAUGUCAAUCUUAAGGCUGUUUUCGGCGUUGACAAGAUUGACAUGUUUAAAAUGAACAAAGUUUUGGGCCAGCAUCUGCACGAGAAUGAGGGAUGA